AAAGGAAACACCGAAGAGGCUGGAAGGCUACUGGGCAGCAAGAAUGUCCGUGUCAAUUGCUUGGACGAGCAUGGCAUGACCCCUCUAAUGCACGCAGCGUACAAAGGGAAGGUAGACAUGUGCAGGUUGCUCUUGCGACACGGAGCUGACGUUAACUGCAAUGAACAUGAGCAUGGAUACACUGCCUUGAUGUUUGCUGGACUUUCAGGAAACAAAGAAAUCACCUGGAUGAUGUUAGAGGCUGGAGCAGAGACUGAUGUUGUCAACUCUGUGGGAAGGACAGCCGCUCAGAUGGCCGCUUUUGUGGGCCAACAUGACUGUGUGACCGUCAUCAACAACUUCUUUCCACGGGAAAGGCUGGACUACUAUACUAAACCACAAGGCUUGGAUAAAGAACCAAAGCUGCCAGUAAAAUUAGCUGGGCCUCUACACAAAAUUAUUACUACGACUAACAUGCAUCCUGUUAAGAUUGUGAUGCUGGUAAAAGAGAACCCUCUAUUGGCCGAAGUAGAAGCACUGCAGAAAUGUUACAGGGUUCUGGAUCUGAUUUGUGAGAAAUGCAUGAAGCAGAAAGAUAUGAAUGAAGUACUGGCUAUGAAAAUGCACUACAUCAGUUGCCUCUUCCAGAAAUGCAUUACGUUUUUAAAAGAGCGAGAGGAUAAACUAGACGGAUUUAUCAAAAGUCUCCUGAAAGGGAGAGAGAAAGAUGGUUUCCCUGUAUAUCAAGAGAAGCUAAUUCGAGAAAGUAUCCGAAAGUUCCCUUACUGUGAAGCUACGUUGCUCCAGCAGCUCGUGAGAAGUAUUGCUCCUGUUGAAAUAGGCUCUGAUCCAACAGCUUUCUCUGUCCUUACCCAAGCCAUUACUGGCCAGGUGGGGUUUGUGGAUGCCGAAUUCUGUACGACUUGUGGGGGAAAGGGAGCAGACAAACGAUGUUCAGUAUGUAAAAUGGUGAUGUACUGCGACCAGAACUGCCAGAAAAUACACUGGUUUACCCACAAAAAAGUCUGCAAGACCCUGAAGGAAAUUCACGAGAAACAAGAACUAGAAGCUGCCAAAGAAAAAAGGAAACAAGAAAAAAAGCAAAAGAAAGAUGAAGCGCGACUACUCGAGGGUCAUUCUCCAAGCGAAGAGCAGCCAGACCCUGGCCCAGAAGCUACCAAAGAAGUGGAUCCAAAUGACGCUGCUGACCGCACGGAAGAACCUGAAUUGACCAAAGCGACGGAGGCACUGGCCCUGCACCCUGAGGGUCCACUGGAAAGUGAGACUCGCUUGGCUGACAUUGCUCUUCAAAAAAUUCAGGAUGCUGAGGAGUAA